AUGCAUUUUCAAAAGCAUACGACACGGAACACCGACGGUCGGUACGUUGUAGCACUCCCGUUCAAUGACAACGUUACGCAGCUGGGAGAAUCCAAAUCGCGGGCGUUAAAACGAUUGGAAUCUCUGGAACAGAAACUACAUCGUGACGCAACUUUACGGAAAGAAUAUCACACCGUCAUAAAUGAAUAUUUCGACCUGGGCCACAUGGAACGGGUUUCUGAAGAUCGAGAUUCAUCCGGCGGAUAUUACCUGCCUCAUCACGUAGUCACGAAGGUCACGAGUGCAACCACCAAGCUUCGAAUGGUUUUCGACGGUUCCGCUGCAACGAGCACCGGAAUCUCGCUCAACGACACCCUCCAUACAGGGCCAAAAAUACAGGACGAUCUGCUGUACAUUUUACUCCGCUUCCGUAUUCACCGUUACGUUCUCACCGGUGAUAUAGAGAAAAUGUACAGGCAGUUUCUUGUUCGUGACGAAGAUCGGAAAUAUCAGCGGAUUCUUUGGCGCGAUGAUACCGGUCAAGUCAAUACCUACGAGCUGAAAACCAUCACAUUCGGGUUGUCAGCUGCGCCGUACUUGGCGAUCCGUUGUCUUACUCAACUCGCCCAAGACGAAGGGCACCGGUUUCCUCAAGCCGCAAAAAUUCUGCGUCGCGAUUUUUACGUGGAUGACGCACUCACUGGAGCAUCUACCAUCGAGGAAGCGCGCUCAUUGAGGGAGGAUCUAAUGCAAUUGCUACGAUCAGCCGGGCUAAACAUCAGACAAUGGGCGGCCAACCAUGAGGCACUUUUGACAUGA